UCCCAUCAGCUGGCAAGAAUGGCCAAGCAGACUGCAGCUGUGAGGCCCCUCAGCCUGCCCUGGGGCAAGGCCCAGGUGAGGGCCGGACAGGUGUGCAGUGUGGCCGGCUGGGGGAGAGUCACUCCAAUAGGCCCAACCUCAGACACUCUGCAGGAGGUGGAGCUGAUCGUGCAGGAGGACCGGGAGUGUGAAUUCUGCUACCCCGGCAUUUACAGCGGGGCCACCCAGAUUUGUGUAGGGGACCCGAAGGAAAAGAAGUCUUCCUUUAAGGGGGACUCCGGGGGCCCUCUCAUGUGUAAGAACGUGAUCCAGGGCAUUGUCUCCUAUGGACGAAGUGACGGGUCACCUCCACGGGGUUACACCAAAGUCUCGAGUUUCCUGCCCUGGAUAAAGAAAACCAUGAAAAGCCUCUAACCGCAGGAACCAGACCAUCUUCUCUGGAGCUCAUCCAGAAUCACACCAGCAACUAAAUAAAUGUCUCUUAGCUGAG